GUUGCCAUGGUGAUGGCGGUGGAGGAUAGCACGGUGCAGGUGGUGGUGCGCGUCAGACCCUCAACCCCACGGGAGCUGGAGAGUCAACGACGGCCCGUGGUGCAGGUGGUGGAUGAGCGGGUGCUGGUAUUUGAUCCUGAAGAGUCUGAUGGGGGAUUCCCUGGCCUGAAAUGGAGCGGCACGCACGAUGGCCCCAAGAAGAAGGGCAAAGACCUGAAGUUUGUCUUUGACCGAGUCUUUGGUGAGACGGCCACCCAACAGGAUGUGUUCCAGUACACCACCCACAGCAUCCUGGACGGCUUCCUCCAGGGCUACAACUGCUCAGUGUUCGCCUAUGGAGCCACGGGGGCUGGGAAGACACACACCAUGCUGGGCAGGGAGGGGGACCCUGGCAUCAUGUACCUGACCACCAUGGAGCUGUACCGGCGUCUCGAGGCCCGCCAGGAGGAGAAGCAGUUUGAGGUGCUCAUCAGCUACCAGGAGGUGUACAAUGAGCAGAUCCACGACCUCCUGGAGCCCAAGGGGCCCCUUGCCAUCCGUGAGGACCCCGACAAGGGGGUGGUCGUGCAAGGCCUUUCCUUUCACCAGCCAACCUCAGCUAAGCAGCUGCUUGAGAUGCUGACCCGGGGCAACCGCAACCGCACGCAGCACCCCACCGAUGCCAACGCGACAUCCUCCCGCUCCCACGCCAUCUUCCAGAUCUUUGUGAAGCAGCAGGACCGGGUUCCAGGACUGACCCAGGCCCUGCAGGUGGCCAAGAUGAGCCUGAUUGACCUGGCUGGCUCGGAGCGGGCGUCCAGCACCCAUGCAAAGGGCGAGAGGCUGCGGGAGGGUGCCAACAUCAACCGCUCGCUGCUGGCACUCAUCAAUGUCCUCAACGCCCUGGCCGACGCAAAGGGCCGCAAGACCCACGUGCCCUACCGAGACAGCAAGCUGACCCGCCUGCUCAAGGACUCCCUCGGGGGCAAUUGCCGCACAGUGAUGAUCGCCGCCAUCAGCCCCUCCAGCCUGACCUACGAGGACACUUACAACACCCUCAAGUAUGCUGACCGGGCCAAGGAGAUCAAGUUCUCGCUGAAGAGCAAUGUGGUCAGCCUGGACUGUCACAUCAACCAGUACGCCACCAUCUGCCAACAGCUGCAGGCCGAGGUGACCACCCUGAGAGAGAAGCUCCAGCUGUACGAGGCAGGAGCCCGGACCUCACAACAGGAGCCCACACCAUUCCCCAAAUUGGCCCCGCUGCAACCACACCUUCCUGAUACUCUCUCACCAUCCCACCUUCCCAGCCAGCCUUGCACCCCAGAGCUUCACCCAGGGCCUGGUAUCCUUCAAGAAGACAGCUUGAAAACUGUGCCCCCGAUAGAGAGGGCUGGGAAAGAGAAGUCCCCAGACCAGGAAGAACCCCCAAAGGACAAGGAUGAAGGACCAGCCAAGCAGGUUCUCAUCCCGAUGGCAGAGCAGAGCCUCAGAAACCCAUUUCCAGGGUCCCCUGGCCUGCGCCAGCCCACGCCAGCCAAGGACAGGGAUUAUUACAAGCAGUUGGCCCUGAAGGUGCUAUGCCUGGCCCAGCGGCAGUACUCCCUGCUCCAAGCAGCCAACCUCCUGACCUCGGACAUGAUUGCGGAGUUUGAGGCCCUCCAGCAGCUGGUGCAAGAAGGAAAGGCUGAGCCCCAAACGGUGGCUUCCAGGUCCCCUAGCCUGGCCAGUGGAGCGCCUCUGGCUCAGGAGCUGUGUUCACAGUCAAAAUCUCCAGGAUACUCUGGCCCUGUGACCCGGACCAUGGCAAAGCAACUGAGUGGCCUUAUGUCCACUCUGGGGAUCCCACCUGGGCUUGACUGCACCCCAGUCCAGGCACCACAACGCCGCGCAAGGAAAAAGAAGAGGAAACUGAGCCCCUCGGAGCCACGAAGUCCCCCAGCCCCUAAGUUGGGCACCAAGCGCCAGCACCAGUCAUUCCAGCCCUAUAUGGGGAGGGGUGCUCUGCCUGACAUCGAGCCAGCACUGGGACCCUGCAUCCCCAAAGCGAGAAGGACCUCCUCUCCCUGCCGAACCCCUCGCUUCUGCCCAGCCACAGUCAUCAAAAGCCGGGUGCCCUUGGGUCCUUCUGCCCUGCAGAACUGUUCCACACCCCUGGCCCCUCCCGCUCGGGACCUCAACACCACCUUUGAUCUCUCAGAGGAGCCCCCUGCCAAGCUGGCUUUCCCUGGAUGCCUUAGCGAGGGGAACAUCGCCCUGGAGCUGGACAGGCUGGAGCAGCCCUUCAUCUCCAGCGGACCUGGGUUCCUGUUCACUAUGAAAGGCCCCAAACAAGCUUCUUCCCUCCCUGGGACUGUGACCUACAAGAAAAAAGGUGUCAGCUCCUCCACUUCACGUUCCCUGAGAGGGGUCCGGGGCCGCAGCCGCAUUGCUCGUCUCCCCAGCAGCAUCCUGAAGAGGCCAGCUGGGCCUUUUGCAAUCCCAGAGCGUCCCUCAAGUCCCUGUUGCCCUGGUGACCAGAGGAACCAGAGGGAACUAGGAAUAGGGGGAGCGCCAUUGGCUGGGAACUGCGUCGCCAAGGUGUCCUGA